AUGGACCUUCGUAAAUGUUCGCGCGAGAUUUUAAGUGAACUUAUAACACUUUACGAAAGUCUGCCAUGUCUUUGGCAAGUGAAAAAUAAAGACUAUAGUGAUCGCAAUAAAAAGGCGGAUGCAUACGAUGCUUUAAUUACAAAAUAUAAGGAAAUCGAGCCCACCUGCACCAGGGAAACCGUGGCGAAAAAAAUAAAUAAUUUAAGGACAGUUUACCGCAAAGAAUCGGAGAAAGUGCGGAGGUCAGCAGCAUCAGGAUGUGCAGCGGAUCGGAUAUACAGGCCACGCUUGUGGUAUUAUGAUAAGCUGCAUUUUCUGCGGGACCAAGACACCCCGAGGGUCUCUAAACACACGAUGGAAGACUCCGAAAUGAUUUUAACCGUGAAAGAGGAACAGCUAGAGGAUAUUCAAGAGGAAGACGUUGAUACUAAGGAUACACUUUCAUUUGAGAUGCCAACAUCACAAUGCGAUAUGCGAACAAAUAAAUCAGAAUGCGAUAUGUUCUCACCAUCUGCGUCGAGAUCAAAUUCUAUGUCUUGGAAGAGGAAGAGAGAAACGAAUGACGAUGCUACGACAGAAGUAAUUAAACUUUUAGGGAGAACGCUCCAAUCGCUGGAAAAUGAAGAUGGUUUCCAGACGUUUGGGAAAUAUGUAGCCAGCAAAUUAAGAAGCGUUAGUGGCGAGCAAAGCGUUAUAGCACAGAAAUUAAUGUCUGAUGUAUUAUUUGAAGCAGAGAUGGGGUCGCUAACAAGAAAAUUUCGAGUUGUAGAAUAUACAAGCGAACAAAAUGUAUCAUCUCAGCUGGGAACAUGUUUUAAAACGUUCCAACCGAAUGAAUAA